AUGCAUGCCUAGACAAAAUCAUCAUCCAUCAUAAUACCCACCAAGCCAAAUGCAGAAAUAAACUAAUGACAAAUGAUGUUUAUGAUUUGGAUUUAUAUAUGUGAACACAAAACUAAUAUACCAGACUUUACAUGGAAGCAUUAAUUUUCUUUGUUUUAGGGUUUCUAGAAUAGUUGGAAGUUUUUGUAGUGUAUAUUAAUGGCGGAUUCGAAUUCAUUUGAUGAACAAGAGUGCGAUUAUUUGUUCAAGGCAGUGUUGAUUGGGGACUCUGCGGUUGGGAAAUCGAAUUUGUUAUCAAGAUAUGCGAAAGAUGAAUUCAGAUUAGAUUCAAAGCCAACAAUCGGUGUUGAAUUUGCUUACAAGAAUGUUAAGAUUGGAGAUAAGCUCAUCAAGGCUCAAAUUUGGGACACUGCUGGACAAGAAAGGUUCAGAGCCAUCACAAGUUCGUAUUAUCGUGGAGCCCUAGGAGCUUUACUAGUUUACGACAUAUCGAGAAGAGUAACAUUUGAAAAUAUGAAGAGAUGGUUAAAUGAACUCAGAGAAUUUGGCAGUUCAUGCAUGGCGAUUGUUCUUGUUGGCAACAAAUCUGAUUUAACACAUUCCAGGCAAGUUGAUGAAGAAGAAGGCAAAACCCUUGCACAGGUUGAAGGUUUGUAUUUCAUGGAAACUUCUGCCAUGGAAAAUAUUAACGUGGAGGAGGCUUUUCUGCAACUUAUUCGUAAAAUUUAUGAAACUACUAUCCAGAAAAGUUUAGAGGCUAAAUUGAAUGAACCCAUCCCCCCAACUAUUCAGCCUGGGAAAGAAAUUAUCAGUAUUGAUGAUGAAGUUACUGCAACUAGACAAUAUAGAUGUUGUUAUAGGUAAUUAGGUUAUUUUUAGGAGAAAUGAUCAAUAUUUCACGGAGCUUGAUCACUAAUUAGGUAAAUCCUGAGAAUUUACUGUCAGGUGUUUUGCUCUUGUGUAUCAUAUGAAAUAGCUAUUUCUUAUUGAAUUGAAGAUUGUAUUCAACAUUGUUGAUAUAUACCAAACAAAUUUGUAGCCUUA